AGUGAAGGACAAUGCGGGCGCUUGUGGGGGUCAAGCGAGUGAUCGACUAUGCAGUGAAGGUGAGGGUGAAAGGCGAUGGCUCGGGAGUCGAGACGGCAGGAGUGAAGAUGUCCAUGAAUCCCUUCUGUGAGAUCGCUGUGGAAGAGGCGGUCAGGCUGAAGGAGAAGGGCAUUCUCAAGGAGAUCAUCGCUGUUUCCAUCGGACCUGCACAGGCGCAGGAGACCAUUCGCACGGCUCUUGCCAUGGGUGCGGAUAGGGGCAUGCAUGUGAAGCACGACGACAUCCUGCAGCCUUUGGCGGUGGCGAAGCUGCUCAAGGCUGUGGCAGAGAAGGAGAAGCCAGACAUGAUCCUCUUGGGAAAGCAAGCAAUCGAUGAUGACUGCAACCAGACGGGGCAGAUGCUUGCAAGCCUCAUGGGUUGGCCGCAGGCGACCUUUGCCUCCAAGGUGGACGUGGAGGGCUCUAACUUGACGGUGGUGCGUGAGAUCGACGGCGGGUUGGAGACUAUCGGGAUGAAGCUGCCUGCCGUGAUCACCACAGACCUCCGCCUCAACGAGCCCAGAUAUGCCACCUUGCCAAACAUCAUGAAGGCGAAGAAGAAGAAGAUCGAUGCUACUGAUCCAGCGGAGCUCGGAGUCGAUGUUUCAUCCAAGUUGCAAACUGUGAAAGUUGUAGAGCCGCCGACAAGGCAAGCAGGUGGAGUUGUUGGCAGCGUCCAAGAGCUCAUGGCCAAGUUGAAAGAGAAAUCUCUCAUCUGAAGUGAGACAGGCGUGUUUCGCAAUAUGGAUGC